CCAGUCAGUGCACUCUCGUCAUUAUCAUUUCGUUAAAAAUCGAGAUAGCCAAAUUACCAGUUUGUAUUGUUUAAAAGAAAGAUGAGUGUUAUUAGAAGAAGCACGCAGUUCGAUUCAACAGCAUCUUCGCAAGAGAGCCACGAUCACGACGACAUAAAUGUUGUGAAGCAGAAAAAUCUCGCAAAGGACUUGCUGAAAUCUCGAAUUUUCUUGGGUCGCUACUUAGAAAGGCGGCUAAUUAACCAACGCAUUGGCUAUAGAGAUGUUGUUGUUGUUAGUCCGGCUGAGGUUGACUUGAAGAGAGAUUUGCUUGAAGUGCAAAACAGUCUCCAUAUUGUUUGUCCAAACAUCCAAUGGAUAGGCAUCACUGACUCUGAACCACUCGGCUACACAUCUGGCGUAUGCAUCUGGACCGAAAUAGACAACCAACCCUUCGGACCGUUUUGGUUUCAAGUGAAGAGCCUCAAAUUUAGGGAUGAAGAAAUCAUAGUGACUGUCAAGUGUCUGCGGCACAUAUCAGAUGCAUUUUUGGAACUGGAGCCUAUAUUGACUGGAGGAUCUGGAGGUACAAGCAAGAGUAAGGAAAAAAGUGAAGGCAAAGUUGAAAAGCCUAUUGAGGCUCUUAAUGACACUGUUCAAGAGAUAAAAGCUAAUUUAAAAACUGCUUUAUCUAUAACCAAUGUAAAAGAAUUCUUUACAUUCAUUUUUGCUCUUGUAAUUGCAGUUUUUACUGGAAGCACUGCAUUUAUCAAUUUCCUUGGCAAUUUUAUUUUAGCAUUGUUGAGAGAAAUGUCAAUUUUGGUCAAAAAUUCAACUCCAAUGUUUUUGGGUUUUUUAGAUUUUUUGAGUAAAAUUGUUGGGGGAUUUUACAUCCUGUUAGCUAUGUUCUUUAAGCCGAGUAACCCACCUCAGCAGAACAAGAGAUCACUUAGAUACCAUGACAAUACACAAUCUAGGUACAACAAUGAAUUUGACAGCAGAUAUAUUGACUGAUUGUUUUUUAUAUAUAUUUUUUAAGAUUUUGAUCUAGACU